AUGAGUCAAGAGGAUUAAGAAAUGGAAGAAUAUGGCGAGGAGGAACUUACUCAUCAACCAAAUGCAUUGAGUGAAGAUGAAGAAGAGCUUUCUCAUUAUUAAUAGCAAUAGAUCGAAUAAAGAAGAAGAGUUCAGUAAUAGCAGUAAUAAUAGUAAAGGACUAAAUAUGAGCCAGAUGAAGAUUGUGAUUAAGAUGAUGAAGAAGGUGAGCCAGGUGAUUAGCAGUACAAUAUGGAUGUCGUUCAUCAGACUGGACAAAUUAAUGAAGAUGACGAUGAGGAAGAGGAGUAAAGCGCAAUGUCAAAGGCUACUAGCAAUGGGCAUGGAGCUAAUAAUAAAUCUAAAAAAUUGUCAAAAAUUAAUAAUAUAAUUAAGGUUAAUUAAAGUCCCGCGCCAUCUCCACCCAAGCCAAUCAAAAGAAUGCAGAAAAAUGAGCUAGAUGAAAUAGAGAACUCGUUCAGAUGUGUCAUCACUAACAUUCCUGAGUUUAAAUGGUGCCUCGAUUCAGUUAAAUUCCCUCAUGGCAACAAAAAAUAUAUUGAUGUGUUGUUUCAAGCAAUGAUUGGAGGCAUCACAUUGAAGUCUCACUCUUACUCUGGAGAGAUUAUGACUAAGUGCUGCUUGAAGAGUGAGUUCUUUGGCAAGAACCAAUUUGUACUGGAGAUUAACAAUCCCGAGGACAAGGCCAGGAACUACAAUCUCAAGUAAAACAAUAAGCUGCCAUUGAUUGAGUUUUGCCUUCCAUUUAAUGAACUGAAACAGAUAGUUGAUGGCAUGGUAGAUGAGAAGAACACCAUUCAUCUGAGAUUCCCAGUGGGAGACAGUAAACUAGAAAUCAAGAUCCCUGAGACAAUCGGAAAUACAAUGGACUCUAGCAACAAUCGCAUUAUCCAGGAAACCACUCUUAUGCUUGAUGCCUAUAGAGCAGACCAUAACUUGAAGGAAGUAGAACUGAACAUUGAUUAGGUGUGCGCCUAGGUAUUCGGAAAGAUCAUCCACUUCAAAAGAGCUCUUAAGGAAUUCAGUUUUGCCCCUGACAGCACCUAUGUAGAGAUAAAGUUUAGUGAUCAGUACCCGAACAUCUCAAUGCGACUGCUGGGCGAUAACUUCCAAGACAGAAAUCAUGUGAUUAAGUUCAACUCUCAAAUUGAAAAUUUGGUAUACAAGAAGCUUAGUAAUUGCUCCUCAGCGUAUACUCUUGGUGCGUUAAGACUAGGAUUUUCAAGAAUCUCCAAUGAUAACCUGAUCUGCAUAGUCUCAAUGUUCAAUGAUGGAAACCUUUCACUAAGACAUAUGGAUGAUGACAUGUAACUUAUGAUAGAAUCGAUUAUACAACCAUAUGACUAAUAGAAUUUAGAAGAUGAAGAUGACUGA